AUGUCGGGCGAGGCAUCAGAAAAGAACAAGGAUGUCUAUGUGCAAGAUACGGAGUCAUUCGCCCCAAUCCCUGCGCCAGAGGGAGGGUUACAUAGGCAGCUUAAGAAUCGUCAUAUUGCCAUGAUAAGUAUUGGUGGUGUCAUCGGUACAGGUCUCUUCGUUGGCACGGGCCAGUCCCUCGCCAAUGGUGGUCCCGUUGGCCUUUUUCUGGGUUUUGUCACGAUGGGGACGAUUGUUUUUGCAGUUAUGAUUUCCUUGGGUGAGAUGGUGGCCUUCCUCCCCAUUCCUGGUGGCCACAUCAAGCUGGCCGAACGUUUUGUCAACCCUGCAUUUUCAUUUGCAAUGGGUUGGAAUUACUGGUAUAACUGGACUAUCGUCGCCGAAUUGUCAGCGGCAGCCAUUUUGGUGGAUUACUGGCAUCCGAACGUUAAUAAUGCUGUUUGGGUUGCCAUUUGUAUCGUCGUCGUCCUCACCAUUAAUAUGCUAGGUGCUGGAGCUUAUGGAGAAGCAGAGUUUAUAUUCGCUUCGAUCAAAGUUCUCACGAUUACGGGUCUCAUUAUCCUUGGCAUCGUUAUUGAUCUUGGAGGUGGCCCAGAUCACGACCGUAUUGGUUUCCGGUACUGGAAAAAUCCAGGCCCUUUCGUCCAGUACGAUGGAAUUUCUGGUGCAAAGGGACGAUUCCUUGGCUACUGGGCAGUCCUUAGCCAGGCUGCAUUCUCUUUCAUCGGUACCGAAAUUGUUGCGAUCGCCGCAGGAGAGGCGAAGAAUCCCAGACGUAACCUUCCCAAAGCUAUUCGCCGUGUCUACAUUCGUAUCCUGCUCUUCUACAUUGGAGGUACUUUUGUAAUCGGUCUCCUUGUUCCUUCGAACAACUCGUCCUUGGUGUUGAACAGUGGCACUGCCGCAUCACCGUUUGUCAUUGCCAUGCAGAACGCUGGCAUCAAAGUGCUCCCUUCUAUUAUCAACGCCUGCUUACUCAGCUCUGCUUGGUCUGCUGCCUCCAGUGACUUGUAUACAUCGUCUCGGGCGCUUUACGGCCUAGCGGUCUCUGGGAAUGCGCCUAGGGUCUUCCUGAAAACUUCCAAAUCCGGCUUGCCUUAUGUAUCUGUUCUCUUCUGUGCUUCGUUCACUCUGCUUGCCUUCAUGGCAGUAUCAUCUGGCGCCGGUUCUGUGUUCGAUUGGUUUUCUAGCAUGACUUCUGUGGCUGGCCUUACCACUUGGUUCGGUAUCUCCGUAACAUAUCUCCGCUUCUACAAGGGUCUUCAGGCCCAGGGUAUCGACCGCACUUCGCUGCCUUAUUAUACAAGAUUCCAGCCUUUCGCAGCUUGGUACGGGUGUUUUGGCACCUUUAUCAUCUGCUUCUUCAGUGGAUGGAGUGUUUUCCUCAAGGGUCAUUGGGAUGUCGCUACGUUUGUCACCAACUACAUUCUUCUCGCUCUGUUCCCUGUGCUUUAUGCUGGCGCGUAUUUUUACUACCGGACGCCUCCUGUGAAGGCGUCUGAGAUGGACUUCGUGAGCGGCCUUGCUCAAAUAGCAGCCGAUGAGGUUGAGGACCCACCACCAAAGAACAAAAUGGAAGCCUUUUGGCGAUGGCUGUACAUGUAG